CGAAUACAUGCAGUUCAUAUCUGCGGUAGAGUUUUACAUUUAAUUUGAAGUCUGAACAUCAAAGGUUCAUUUGACUGCGAAUUCUAAGAAUUAGCGGGGAUAAAAGUGAUCAGUUAACAAAUCGAAAAUCCCGGCUAGUUAACGUGGUACUACUGUAUUUAGUGGUUGUUCGUUGUUCCUCGUUUAUUUUUGAAACGUUGGUAUCCCUUGUUUUCGCUGAAUCAGCGAGCGUUUAUAGUUGCCGGCCUGUCGUUUGACUAAAAUGUCUGACGCUUUUCUCACUGUAGCUCCGUUUAAUUUGGAUGAACACAGGAACAGAUUAAUAAAAUUAAAAACGUUCGUGGAAUUAAAUAAUCAAGCAUACGACGUUAAUAAUAUCUUAUCGUUUUUAUCAUCAACAACAUGUAUCCGCUGGUUACUUAGCACUCAAGAUGAAAAUCUGAUAUACAUUAGGCAUAAAAAGUAAAACUUUUAUUGAUGCUUCUAAUACUAAUUUAAAGAAUAAUCGUAUGCAUGAUAAAAUCUAUCAUUGUCAAUGACAAAUAAAUGUAAUCAAUUUUCAAGAAGAAGAACCCUAAAGGAAAAGUAUUAACACAAUGUCACAGUCAGAAGAUGCUUAUGCCCCAGAGGAACCAACACCAGAUAUUCCAAUGUCUUUGCUUGAUAUACAAAUGCCAGAAACACCAGAUAGUACAAAGGGCCAAACUAGUGAUGGAGAUACAUCUAGAUUAGAGAGUCCUAAAAUACUCAAGCCUGUUUUAGGAAAAUUAAAAGCUAAAAAAAGAUUAAUGGCAUUUGCCAAUAAAUUUAAUGUGCCAUCAAAAAUUCAAAAUAAGUCCAAUCUGCUUCAAGCACAUUCUACCAAAAUUUCUAAAUCUAAAAGUAUAUCAAGUGAUAAUGGAAAGUCUUCAAAAAAUGAUUCAGUCGUGAGUGUUAACUCAGAUUCUGUACAAUAUCAUAAUCGUCAUUCAAGUGGUGGUAAAUCAAAAAAGAAAACAGCUAGCUUAGAAGAAGAAACUUAUGCAAAUAGAAAUGGACAAAAUUUAUUAGAAAAUGAAAAGAUUGUGAGAGAAAGAAAUAGACAAGAUGAUGUUAAUGUUUCUUAUAAAAGUGCUUCAAAAUCUACAAUAGAAAAUAAAUAUUCAGGAAGAAGACGUUAUGGAAGGGAAGAACGAAGGGAUAACACGAAUAGAGAGUCAAAAGAAGAUUACAACGGUAGCAAAGAACGAUACUAUAAAGUCUCACGCAAUAAAGAACAACGUAGAAAAGAUAAAGGUAGAAAAAUUGAUAAAGAUAAACGAGAGGAUAGUAAUAAGUAUGAAGAGAAUCGAGAUAAGAGAGAUGAAGAAAGAGAUAAAAAAAAUAGUGAUAAAUGGGAAGAUGUACGAGAAAAGAAAGGAAUAAAAGAAAAAAGGGAGAGUUUUAAAGAAAAGAGAAAUGAUUCACAAGAAAAAAUUUCUGAAAUCAAAGAGAGAAAAGAAAAAGAGAGAGAUAAAGGAAAAGAGAAAGACAUAAUGAAUUCUUCCUCGUGGGUGGAGUUAAAAAAGUGUGGUAUAACAAUAGAUGAUAUCAUCGAGACUAGAAGAUACGAUCAUUCGGAACGAACAUCAAAAAACAGAACAGCCGAAGAUUACUUACGUCACUUCGAGCAAAUGUUAAUGAUGAGCGAUUGUCGUUUAAAACGUUAUGCUUUUAUUGCCGAAGGACUUGAAGGUCCUAAAGAGUAUCCUCCUGAAUCGAUAAAAGUAACUAAACGAGGAAGGCCUCAAUUAUUUUAUUCUGAAAAUCCCCGUAUGUCUCUUUUUAUGAGCCAUCAACAAAUUCUUCAAACAAUUACCAUCGAUUAUCGUGAGAAGAUGCGGAAUAUAUGCGAGGGAGAUUAUACACGAAAUGAUAUAGAAGAAACGGAAAAGCCUCAACACACACGUAAUUGGUAUCCAAAGACAGGCAUAUGUAAAUCCGGCGAAAACACUAAGUGGCAUGUACCAAUUAACGUACAACUGCCAAGAUCAAAAUGGGAUAGUGAAGAUGAAGAUAAGUUAUCUGAUACUGAGAAACAACAAGAAAAUGAAGUGAUAUUAAGCAAUGUUGUUUCGGAACAAGAACCCGAAGAAUUUUCUCCAAGAUUAAAUACAAUAGAGGAAGACGUUAAUAAAGACAAGGAAAUAAUCAACGAAGAUGAGACUUCUAGCAUCAAAAAAAUAGAUGACAAUAGACAACCAUCUCCUUUGUUACAGUCUGCAGGCAACGAAAAAUUAGCAUCAGAGUAUGAACAAUUCAUGAAGAUGGUUUGCAAUGACAUUCCAAUAUCGAAAGAGUUCUCUCCAAAACUAAACAAACCUGCCUCGACAUUAAGUUAUCAUGAGUUUAACAUAGAAACUAAUUUGCCGAAUGACAAUAAUUUCUCAUUUGUGGAGCAUAAUAUAUCUGGAAAAUUGGAUGAGAGUGAGAGUUCAAAUAAAAUCGAGGAAAAAUUCAAAGCUAAUGAAAAUCGACAGAAUUUGGAGAAAGUUUCGAAAGUCGAGGAUGAUCAAGCAGUAUCGUCAAGCAGUUCUCAUAUUCAGGCUCAAAAAUCUGUAACAGCUGACAGUAAAACUAUACGUGAUAAAACUGAAUCGGAAGAUUCUAAAUCAAUACCUAGCGAUUGGGAAAACGUUCGAAUUAAAGUAGAACGUAUGAGCGACGAAAAUUCUGACUCUAAGGAAACAAGAAAGAAAAAGAGGCGGAAGAAGACAACCUCUAGUAGCAGUGAGUCAUCUAGUUCAUCAAGUUCCUCUGACUCCGAAGAAGAAACAAGGAAAAAGAGAAAACGGAAAAUAUCGAACGAUUCAGACUCUUUGUCGGAUUCAGAUAGUAGCGAUACUAGCACUAGUAGCAGCGAUUCUUCCAGUUCUGACGAUAAGCGAAAGAAAAGAAAAAAGAAAAAACGGAAAGCUGAAAAAAGAAAGAAAAAAGCGAAACGAAUAGCAAAGACGAAGAAGAAAAGAAGAAAAAUCAGUUCUAAUUCUAGCAGUAGUGAUUCGUCUCAAGAUCGGAAGAAAAAAAGGAUAGUAACUAAGAAGUCUAAACAAAAGAAAGAAUCUAGCAAUAAACAAGAUAACAGAGAAGAUAUAGUAAAAACGAUACAAAAAUCACCUUUGGAAUCAUCUUCAUUGGAAAAUGCAAAGCUAAUACGUUCGCAAGUUCCAUUAAAGAAAAUUAAAGAGGAAGUGAAAAUCGAAAAUAGAAAACGAACCACAGAUAAACAUGAUGUCUGGAGUAAAGAACAGGAUAUGGUCAGAAAGGUGAUUUCUGAUAGCGAUAUUCGCAGCAAAACUCACAAAGAUGAGGUAAAAAGAAACAAAGUUGAAGAACGAUACUUGGAAGAAUGGGAAAUGGACCCUAUGAUCAUACCACAGAAAGGAGAAAAACUAACAAAAAGUAAUGUUGAAAAAGUAGAAAAUACUAACGUAGAAAACAUUCGGAAGAUAGAGGGAAAGGAUGAGCGAACUAAAAAGGAUGAAAAAAGCAAACAUGACGAACAUUUUAAAGACAAAUGUUCAAGCAUUAGCAAGGAGAUUAUCCCGGGAAGUUUGAAGAUAGAAGAAGAUAUUGACGGAAAGAAAAAAAGGAAAAGAGAUAAAGAAAAAAAGAGCAGUAGUGAAUUUUUAGCUGAAUGGGAAAAGGAAAGCGAGCGCAUAUCUCAGCAAAUAAUGCAAGACGAAAUGAAGCUGUCUAAGAAGUUAGAUAAACAGAAAAAGGAAAAAUGGGGAGAAACUGAAUUUGAUACUCUGAAUGUUCCAUCAUUAACACAACUUGAAAGGGAAGUAAGUAGUAGACAAUUAUUAGCCGACGAAUGGGAAGUUGAUAGUUUGGAAGCUGUGCCUGAUUUAAUGAUUAAUAAAAAGAAAACCUCACGCACUUCAAAAAAAUUAGAAAAAGAGGUUCGAUAUGAUAAGAAAACAGAUAUGUAUAUUACUAUAGAAAAGGAAACUUUAAAGGAGUGUAAGAAAAGACAAGAUAGAUUGUCUGCAAUGAGAAUUUGGGAGGAAGAACAAGAGGAAGGAGAGAAAGAAGCUAUGAUGCUUCUGGAACAAAAGAACAAGAGAAAAAGGGAUGAUUGGGACAUUGAAGAGGAAUCAUUCUUACGAGAAAAAAGUGACAGGAAAGAAAGCAUAGAAGAUAACAUUGCUAUGAUCGAUAGCAUUCAUAAGGAAGUAAAUAUAGUUAAUAAAAAUGUAGAUACAUCUAUGAAACAUGAUGUUAUUACUAGAAAAAAGGGCAAGAAAAGUCGUUGGGACAUGGCGUCACAAUCUGAGGAAAAGAUAGAAUUCAAAGCUCCUGUUAUGUGGGAAGAAGAGUGUACAGAAUGGACCAAAGGGAAUAAAUUUGAUCACAAUAUUGAGAGAGUAUCUUUGGAACAUUGUGAUUCGAUAUUACCUAAUACGAAAAUAAGAGAUGAAAAUGUUUGUAUGAUUGAACAACAAUUGAGAAAGUCUACAACCAAAAAUUUAACAAGUUCGGAUAUCAUUGAUUUGUUCCCUAGAAAAUCUCAGGAUAUAGAUUUGUUAGAAUCAUCCUGGACUGCAGAAGAGCAUACUAGAAGCAAAUCGCGAAUAAGAAGUUUGAAUAGUUCCCAGAAAGAUGUGUACUUUGACAAAACGAAGGAACUGACUCCUUCGAAAGAACAAUUAAAAGACAUUUUCGAAAUGGAUAUGAAACUGGCGAAAAAAAAUACGGAACUGUAUAGUCCCAGUUCUCCAGCAGGCUCUCAAAAGUCUGAGGAUAUGGAAGUUUUCAAAAAUAAUCAUACAAAUUCCUUGAAUCUUGAGGAAAAUUUCUUACACGAUAAACCAAAGAAUGAAACUGUGGUUAAGUCUGAUGAUGAAUCAGUUCCUAAUAUACCUCUUCAAAUAAAGUAUUGCGAUGGUAAGUAUGCGAAGUCAGUAAUAAAGGAAGAGUUUGAAGAGAUUCUAGGAGUAAAGAAGACAGAGGAUCAGACUCUCCGAACGAAGUUCGAUAUGAAAGCAUCUGAGAAUUCACCUGAACUUUCAAUCAAAGAACCAUAUCCAGACAUGAAUUAUAAAUCAUUACGAAUGGAUAUAUUUACAGGGUAUGAAUCCGAUGAAUUACGUGGAAAAUUAAUUAAUAAAAGUUCGGAGACAGUAUCUUCGUCUGCCAGUACAAAAGGAACAGAGGAGACAAAUGAGGGGAAAGCAGCACUCAAAUUAAUCCCUAAACAGCUGUUAGUCCGACGAAACAAUGAACGCGUGAAAACAAAAUUAAUUUCAGACGAUCCCAUGCAACACGCCGCGGCACUGUUGACCAUCCAGAAGAAACUUCGAGAAUCGCAUGCUGUGAAAAACGACAUAAAAGAUGCACCUUGCGAGGAGCCUUCUGCUGCAUUUAAGAUUGAGUGUGAAAAAACAACUAGUAUACAUGCACCAAUUGCAGCUGAAGUUAUUCCCACGGAACAGACCACUAUUACGGAUGUUAAAGUAGACUCGAAAGAUUUGUCAAUAACAGUGAAAACCUCGAUCACCACAAAAUCAGAAUCACCAGGCGCGGUGAAGCUUGAUUUCAAUGAGUACAAGUCUGGGAAUAAAGGAACCAAACUGGAAGAACUGAAAAAGUCUAGACCACGUAAUAGUAAAGAUAUUAGUGAUAUAGAAUGUCGGAUAAGAUCGCCAGGCGGAGAACAGAAAAAGAAAAGUCCCAGUAGGAAGGAGAAUAGAGAAGAUAAACGAAUUAGCGAUCGCAAUAAAGAAAAAAGAGAUAAGAAAUUUGACGAAAAAGAAAGAGGAGAUAGGAGAGACAAUAGGGGUUUGAAACUGGAAUACAAUGAAAGCAGAAGGAGAUCCAGCCCUUCUGGUAGCCGCAGUAAAAAAAGCAUUUGUUGGGAACGUGAAGGAAGUCGUAGCGAGAGCCAUAGUCGUAGUUGGAGCAGAAGUAGAAGCAAAAGUCCAAAAAGAAAGGAUGAGUUGUUUGCAAGCUCUAGUAAAGAAAAACGAUUAAGUAGAAUCGAUGAAGACAGAUGUAGCAGAUCUAGAAUAGAUGAUAGAAGAGAACGACCUAAGCAUGGAACUACCAAAGGAGAUCGAGAUGAGUGGAAUAGAAGGAAAUACGAUUUUAUGGAAAGAGAAAAGGAAAGUAGAUCGUACGAAGCAAUAGAAGUACUAAGAGAAAGAAACGUGGAUUUUGAUAAACACAGGGAGAGUAGAUUUCGCGAGGAUGAAGCGGAUCGAUUACUAUGGCCGUACGAGGCAGAGAAUAUGCUUCGAGAUGGAAAUGAGUCCUUAGAUUCCUAUCCCAAUAGCCAAGAUUUAGAUCUUGAUUAUGAAGAAAAAUCUUACUACAGAGAUGACAAUAUUGAAAGGGAUAUUAUGGAAGGCCCUUUUCGUCCCUCAUCAAAGUUCAAACAUAGAAAAAGUAGGCCCGCUGCAAAAAGAAACAGACAAUGGGAGAAAGAAAGAGAACCAUUGGAUCUAGACAGACAUGGGCACGUUCGAAGAACAGAAAAAUUACUCCCAUCUAGAGGUUGUUCUCCACCACGAUCACGAAGAUCACCUCGUAGAUCAUCACACGAGCAUUUUAGACACGAAUCUAGAUCGCGGUCGAAGUCGUGGUCAAGAUCGAGAUCUAGAUCUAGAUCUAGAUCUAGAUCUCGAUCAACCUCCAGAUCUCGGUCAAUGAUGCGUUCAAGAUCAAGAUCCAGAUCUGGAUCUCGAUCGAGGACUAGGUCUACCUCAGGAUCCAGAAUGAGAACUCCGGAUCAUUUUCGAAUGACGGAACGAUUACGAUCAUCCAGAUCACCUUCUAUGGGACGAGGUAGAAUCAGCGAAAGUUCAAGGGAAAGGAAGGAUGAACACGAUAGUAUGAAACUAGAUAGCUACAUCGAAAGAGGUAGACGAAUAGAGACGAUCGUGCAGUCCGUAUCUGGACUAUCUAGGGACUCGACCGUCUUAGAUUCGGAAAUGCACAUCGGUGACAAUAUGGAGACGAUUGCAGCAGGUUUCCAAUAUUCGGCUGAAAACGAAGUUGGAAAUGAAUAUUAUUAUACAGAGAAUAACUUGACUUAUCCACCGUGCAUUGAUGACUCGACGGCGAGUUCUCCGAAACGUUUAUCCCUCGAUGAUAGACUGGAACUUGAGUUAGGGAUUAAGAAGCAACAGAAUGGAACAGCAGUGUCGAAUGAUUAUGGAGAAAGCUUUAAUUCGAACGUAUGUUACCCAUCAUCGCCUCAGCAACAGCAGCAGCAACUGCUUUACCGUCAACAACCUACCGUUUUACAAGUGGGCAAUGUGUUGCAAGUGGUACCUGCAGAUUUUAAUGGAGUUCCAGCAACACACAGAGAACCGACCAAUUCCUCAUCAACACCGAUUGUACGGGGAUCCAGCCAAGUAGUUCGCGUAGGUAAUGUACUUCAAGUUGUACCAACGUCAUUGGACUGGAGUGGUGGACAGCCUUCUUCGGUCGAUCAAUCAGGGAUGAUAUAUUCUACUACAGUCCCUCAAUCUUCUCCAGUUUCCUCAGUCCCUAUGUCUGUACCUGUUCCAGUUCCUGUCCCCAUGCCUGUACCGGCCGUUCCAUCUGCUGUGAAUUCAUCGACACCAGUUUCUACUUUAUCCCCACUGCCUCUCUCCGUUCCUGUUCCUGUCCCUGGUCCUGUUCCACUUCCUGUAACACAAACAACGUUCUCCAGAACCGAAGUAACACCGCAGAGAGUGCCCGUUCUGCCAGUCUAUAAUUACGAAGUUAUUUUAGAAACUCGCAGAAAAGAACGGGAGGAGCGUAAACGAUUGCGUGAGAUUAAAAGAAAGGAAAAAGAACGUAGGCGAAUCGAAAGAAUUAACCGGCGUGCUCUGCAAUUGUUGGAAAAGAACAAUAUGCGUCAGUCAGAAAGUACGAAUCAGCAGAAAAGUUCAGCCUUGGAUCCGUCUGUUUUGAAAGCUCUUCGAGAAAGUGAAGAGCAAUGUGAUGUGGAGGAACAGCAAACUUCUACUACUGUUUUUGAAAAGGAAGAAGAAAUGACGCCGGUAGUCACGUCUUCUGCUUCUACAGAAGAGGAAGAAGUACCCGUUGAAGAGGACGAGGAAGAAGAAGAGGAGGAGGAGGCUGAAGUCGAAGAUGAUGAAGAAGAAGAAGAAGAGGCAGAGGAUGACGAGGAGGAAGAAGAAGAGGACGAUGAAAAAUCACGGUUAAAUAAAUUGAAAAACGAAGUUGAUGAAGCUACUGCAACAACACCGAUGGAUGAAACGAAUAAAAUCCAAAUCGAAACGGAGUCUAAAGGAUGGCCGGAAUUACUCCCACCGCCCUUGAAAGGAAUUUUAGUCGCAUCAGGUUUCAGAAGGACGUCAGUUCCCAAUGGCAAUUUGGAUGACCUAUCUACUCCCGAAAAUGAUAGUGGAGACAAUACGGAUAAAGAAGGUACGGAAGUAGAUAAAAAUGAAUCGAAUAAAGAUGAAACUGGUGAGAACAAGCCAAGCAAGUUGAAGAUUCAAACGAAGAAAACAAAACUGACGAAGCAAAGUAAACGAAAACAAAGGAGUAAAAAAUCUGUGCAAUUCGCGGAUGGAAUUAAACCUGGGGAAGGUACUAGUCCUAGUGGUGGUGAAGGAGAUAUGCCUUCUCCUCCACCGCCUAUAUCUGUUGCUCGGAGUGCAGUACGUGACGUUCGAAGAUCCAGUUCCAGGAAGAGUAGAAAACAAGAGAAAAGAACACGACCUCCAAAAGCAAAGAAAAAAGUGAAGGUGAAGAUCAUAAAAUUAAAGAAACCCCGAGUCACUCCAUUGACAGCAAUGAUGAUGGAUGAUUCGGAUGAACUAGAUGAUCGUUCUCCGCCACCACCACCUCCAGGAUCACCUCCACCACCACACCUUUGGCCGAGUUAUCUUUCCGCUUACAACCGUACUAGCGAAGCUCAAUCAACAGCUACAGUUUCAAGCACUGUUCAAGCUCCUCCACCACCUACUCCGCUGCCUCUUUUAGUUCCUCCUCCUCCUUUGAAUUAUACGAUACAACCUUGCAGUAAGGCGUAAAGAUUUUUUGUAUUUUAGGUGACAUUAUUCUAUGAUAAAAUGUAACAAUCGUAGACGUUAAGCUUGUAAAAUGAACGACAUAUAAACAUUUAUUUCUCUAUGGAGACAAAGAGCGUGGCCUUGAUAUAAAGGCUUUAUGAGAUCGUUGAAAUUUCUUCGCAGGACUUAGACGCAAAACAAAUGUAUUAUUGUUAGUAAAUUCAUCGACUGUUCGCUUUUUGUAAAUAGCUUCAUUCUUCGUGACAUUAAUUAAUUAAUCGCCGUUGGAAUGAAGAGAAUUCGUGUACGACUAGUGUUUUAUUGCGUCCACGUCUCUGCAAAUUCGCGUUGCGUUUAUAUAUUUUUCGAUACGAAGAAGGAAACAGCCGAGGAAAAAGAAGAAAGAGAUACAAUGGAAAAUUAUAACGCAUUACGAGUGUAAUUUACCUAAAAAAAUUUGAAGAAUCGAUUGUUAACAAUUAUAUUGUUGAUGAUGUAACAUACCCGUAAGACAAAUGAAUUUAUUAUUGUAUAUUUUAUUUCUGUAAUUUAUCGAUUAUGUUUUAUUUAGGUUUUAACGGAAGAAAAGGGUCUGUUUUAACGAAAGAAAAGGAUGCAAUUUAUUCUUUUUUUUUUCUUUGGUCUUUUUUUCAUUUUAUUAUUCACUCAUUUUACUGAUGAGAUUGAAAUUUGUAUAUACGUGGGGAAAUAUACAUGAUUAACCCAAAUUUCAUAUUAAUUAAUGAAUAAGGCAAAUAAACAAGAAAAUGAAGUUGAGCUUCAUCAAAUAACUUUCUCUGAAUUUUUAACAUUUGGUGUACAUGUUUUGAUCAAUCAUUGUUUAAUGUGUGAAUAUUGUGAUUUUUUUUUAACAAGUGCCGCGAACAAACUUUCCUUUUUUGCACCGAACUUUCUUAUCUAUAAUAUGGUGAUGUUAAAUCUUAUCUGUAAUAGAAACGUUAACUGCCCGUAAUAUCUGAAUUAUCACGAUAACUUUUUGAGAAGUAUCGAUUUGUAUUAAAUAAACAUAAUUCUUUUAAUAAGGUUUGUGCGUUCAUUUCAAAGUACGAAGCACGUAUUGACUGUAGUCAUAAUAGUUCUAUAAAUGGUGUAUGUAGUGAGAAAAAUUUAUUCAACAGAUAAGAGUUACAGUUUUUUUUAGCACUUAAAGUAUACUGAUACUCGUGGUAAGUUCUUCGACGAUCAACAACAUAUUGAAGUGUUUUCCACUACAGUUUUUGAAGAGGAAAAAUUUGUAACAUCUGCAAAAGAAAAAAAUGAAAGUAGCCAUAGUUGGAGGUGGAAUAAUUGGUUUAACUACAGCCUUACAGUUAAAUCGUGAAUUACGUAAUGCUGAAGUCACUGUUUUCGCUUCUGACUUUAAUGAUACUGUCAGUCAUGUGGCUGCUGGAUUAUUUAGAGUUGGUUCGUCAUAUUCUGGACCAACCGAGGAAAUAACAAGAAAUUGGCUACGAGACUCGUAUGCAUAUUACGAUGAUAUUCGAAAGUCUCACGAAGCUUCUUCCGCUGGUGUAACUGGUAUUUCCGGUUAUAUGUUCGCAAAUUCUUCUCCGGAAACUGUAAAGAGUCAUUGGAUGGAAGAUUUGGUACCAAUAUACAGAAGAGUUACGGAUGAAGAAUUUCAAUUAGUUGAAGGUAACUGGAAAUACGGGUCAUUUUUUAGCACUCUCCUCACAGAAUGCAAACUACAUCUGCCAUGGGCACGCAAGAAAUUAGAAGAAAAUGGUACCAAAUUAAUUGUAAAAAAGUUAGAUUCUCUAAGGGAACUUGUAUUCGAUUGGGAUUUAAUCAUAAAUUGUACAGGUCUCGGUGCACGAUAUUUAUGUAAUGAUAGAUAUCUUGUUCCUAUGCGUGGCCAAGUAUUCAAAGUAAAGGCACCAUGGUUGAAAACAUUCUUUUAUGGCGAGAUAGACACUUACAUUAUACCCGGUUUUAAUGGUGUAGUCACUCUGGGUGGUUCAAGAUAUUUUGGUUCUGAAAAUACGAAACUUUGUCCGUAUGAAUCUAAAGCGAUCCGCGAGAGAUGCGAAAACUUACUCCCAGGUCUCAACAAAGCGGAACUUGUAAAAGAAGAAGUUGGCUUGAGACCACACAGAGAAAACAACGUGAGAGUGGAAGUUGAACAUAUCAUAAAUGGGCUUUCUAAAGCUAUUCUAGUGCAUAAUUACGGACAUGGAGGUUACGGAGUGUGUACAGCACCUGGAACUGCUAAGUAUGCUGUUCAAUUAGCAAAAGAGAUGCACAAAUCCUCUACUGCAAAAUUAUGAAAGAUUAAUAUUGUUUUAAUUUAAUAUUAAUGGCCUAUUAAUCUAAUUAUAUCCAUAGAAAUUUUACAACAAUUGCUCACAAAUAUACAGUUUAUUAACGAAUUUACAUAAGAAAAUCGUUAAUACGGGCUAAUACUGCGUGGUAAUCUUUUUCUUUCUUUCGUUUUACGCGCAACACAAUAUACUUGUAUCUUCAGAUUGUAUUUACGCAUCAUGGAACUGAUUCUCGAACGAAAUCUCGAACGAAAAUAAAGUGGUUCUUUCAUUAUCAAUAUACAUUUUGGAUCACGAUAAUUUCUCUUUUUGUAAUGUACUGCCAAAGAAAUUAUAUAAAGGAUGUUAUUUAUCUUAAACGUCUUAAACUUCUUUACGCUCCGGAAAAUUAGCGAAGUUCUACAAAUCAACGUAUUCAUCCGUAUUAUCUUCUGAUCAAGAGAUCAUACGUACUUACAAUGCAUAUUGAUGGAAACUGUAAUGCAUCGCAAAAAAGUUGUUCAAACUUGCAAGGAUCGUUACAACUAUCGCUUUUACAAGUGCUUUGUCAAGUGUUUGCUAAACACAUUAAAUCGUGAUGAUAAAAAUCAUUGAAUUCCGAUUUGCUUUCUGCUACUUUUUGCCAGGCUUUACAUUUUUUCGUGGGGGAGCACCCCAUCUAAGUGCACUACUGUCCACUGUUAAACGUGGUCUCUUAUACUGACUACUUUUAAUGUGUUCUUCGACUAACUUAGGUGUUACGCAGAUUACGUGUUGUCCCUUCCAGUAUUUUACCAUGUUCAUACUUUGCAGUGUCGAUAUAAUAUCUGUUUGUGAUAUACUUGUCAUUUGACUAUCUUUAAUGCUAAGAGUACCCCGGAAAUCUCGCAGAAUUUCUAAAAGUAUCCAACUCCAAUAACUUCUAUAUGAUAAUUUUCCUAGGUCACUCAAUGGUUUCUCAGGACUACCAACAGUUUGUUCUAUUCUACUUAAUUCAUAACUAAAAGCGAUUAGUAGUUUUCCAUAUCCUUGCCUUUGAAACGGUGGUAAAGUUAAAAUACAAGCAACAUUGUUGCCAUCAGGUGAUUCCUUUUCCUAAAAAAUAACCAACUAAAUGAGCUCCAUGUUUGUCAACCUCACAAAGAAUAUAAAAAAGGAAUGGUUCUACAUCAAAGUAAAGUGUUUUAUGAUCUAAAAAUAAUUUUGCGAGUAAGCAUAAAUUUUGACAAUAAAUUUUAUGCUCUCUACCAUCGACUUCCCAAAUGCUCAAUGUGCCUUUACGAUAUAUUUCUUUUCCAACUGGUUGUCUAUGCGUGCAUUCACUCAUGUGAUAUCUGUAAGUUUUUUCAAGGCGCAUAUAUUUAAGACAAUAUUCACAAAUCCACAGCUUUGGUUGUUUCCCAUAUUCUUCUGGAUAUGGACUAAAAUACCAGGUAUCAAUUUCAUACUUUCCUAUAUACCUUUUGAAUAUGAUUAAUUUCAUCAUGUCUCCUUUUUUGAUUUCUUGUAAUUUUACGAUCAGAAGAAUCUGCCAACAAGUCAGUACCAGAGUUUCUGUCUCCACUUUUCCAACUUCUAUCGCUCAUGUCAAAUCUGCUUGACAUGAUUCUAUCUCUAGGCACCCAUUCAUCCAAUCUUCUGUUAUGUCCUUCGUAAUGUACAUAAUAUUCAUAGUGACUUUCACUCUCAUUAUAUCGAGUCUGAAUAAUCUCUGCCGGAUGCCAAGAUUCGUCGGAUCUGCGAACGAGAUAGUGUUCGCCUAUAUCGAGUGGCAAUUCUUCGAGACUGUCCGCGUCAUCGCCAGAUCCCUUCCCGCCAUUCGUCAAUGUGUUCUCACGCUUUUCUUGCUUCACCAUCGUUUCUUUCGGUCCUACGAUGCAGUUCUCUUUAUUCCUUUGUUCCGGCUCGGCCAUUUUCCGUACGGAAAAUCACUAAUCGUUGAAACGAUGCGCGCCGCUGUGAAAGAAUCGAAAAUAGAUGAACAUUGCACUCGCUGAUGCAACGCAACCAAUACGGCCAUGAAGUCCUCCGCAACCAUGUUACGUAUAUAUGUAUGUGAAUACGUUUGCAUACACAUAUGUGCGAAAGUAACUAUAUACGUUUCAUUCGACGAAUCGAGUCAAGAAGAGGUAAAUAAAACCAUGUGAUCAAAAUCUAGGGGAAAAUCAUCUUAAGUAUUUGAAAUUAUACCAGAAUAGAAUACAUCCAAUGAAAACGAGCGAAAUGAAACAACGUGAUUGAUUUGAAAUUAUAAAUGGCGCGCAGAAAGAACUCAAUGCCCAUUACAUCAUGACUGCUUCCGUCUAUAGUGAAUUAUGCAGUGCUUUGUAAAUAUCGAUUUUUAUUCGAAAUAAGGAUGAUCCGAACAGAAUUUAUCUGUAUUCUUCCAAUUUUUGUAUGGUCAAAUCAAUUUCGCAAUCGAAUAGUCGAGCAUUGUACAAUUAUCCAUACUAUUUAACGAGAAAAACAAAAUUAUGACAAAGGUUUUUCGCAUUUUAUAAUAGAGAACUGAUUUACUUAUUGGUCUUAAGAUUACCAAUGCUAUCAAAUAUCAGAAAUCUUAGAAAUGUUACGACGAAACAGAUUAAAAAACAAAGCCAUCGCAAUUGCUUUGCUGGUGUUGGCUGCUGUAAUUUACAAUGAGUUUUCAGUGUAUGAUAUACAAAAGUUAAAGUGGUCAGUACAAGAAUGUUCAGAAUGCGUCAAGGUGCUGAUUGUUGCUGACCCUCAGAUAUUAGGUGAAAAGAAUGAAAAUUAUUUUGGCUCUUGGUUAGCACAAUGGGAUAGUGACAAGUACUUGGAGAAAACAUUUUCUAGAGCCUUAGACCAUUCUGAUCCUCAUGUUGUUGUAUUUCUUGGAGACCUUAUGGAUGAAGGACAUAUUGCUAGUACAGAAAGUUUUAAAUCUUAUAAAAGAAGAUUAGAUUCUAUCUUUCAAAUGCCUGACCAUAUAAUGAAAAUUUAUCUACCAGGAGAUAAUGACAUUGGAGGUGAAGAGGAUGCAGUUUCAUCCAAUAUUAAUAAUAGAUUUAGUUUUGCAUAUAGUCAACCAGAUACUUUAGUUUAUAAGACAGUAACAUUUUUCAAGGUGAAUAGAUUAACACAUACAAUGCCAGAAGCACCAAAAGAUGCCUUCCUUAAUGAUUAUGCAGAAAGAAACACAACAAAUGUAGUACUUAGUCAUAUGCCUUUAUUAUUUAUGCCUGGCACCUUCGUCCAAAAUGUACUGAAAGAAUUAUCUCCCCAAAUUAUUUUUACUGCACACAAACAUAAGGCCAUGCAUAUCAGUUUAGAUACAGCAACAGACCAAUUAAGUGAAAUUUGGGUUUUACCUCCCUACGAAACUCCGUUAUAUCGAUUAAGAAUGGACGUAGGUGAUAUUCACGAGUUGCAAAUACCCACUUGUUCGUACAGAAUGGGUACUCCGCAUACGGGUUAUGGACUUGUUUAUAUCGAUACACAAGAGAAAGUGAUAGAAUUUACAAUUUUAUGGCUCCCAGGAAGAUUUUCUCAAUUAUGGCUUUACGUUUUCGUUGGAAUAUUUAUUUUAGCUUUUAGUAUUUGCACGUGUAUUUCCAGUUAUUGCAUAAAAGGCCAUGCAGCAUAUAAUCGUAUGUCCUCAAUAUAAGGCAAUAUGUAAUCAAAAAUACACAAAAAAUACUUAAAUAUUAAAUAAAAUCUGACAACUUGACAUUAGAAGUAAGGUAUAAAGAUCCGUCCACUGUAAGUGAUUCUGUGUCAAGCUUCAAAUGGAAAAAGAAUAAUGCGAUAGUAAUUAGACGCUCCGUAAGGAAAAUUUACUUAUUAUCAAACAUAAGCGAUAUAAUUCUUAGAACAUGUUCCUAACGACUUAAUAUGGUUGACACUUAACAUGAAUAACUUCAUUUAUUAAUGACUUACAUAAAUCAACUAUUUAAUUUUAUUUUUAAAAAUAUUCUAACACGAUGCUAUAUUUAUUUGUUUUUCAUUAAAAUAAGUUCGUAAUUGUUAAUAAGGCUGAAGUAAUGUAGUUUUCCUAUAGCAUAUAUGAAUUUUUUUAAAUUUGUAAUAGUAUAGUACUAAGUAUGUACUAAGCAUAGUACUAGAAUGUAUAUAAAAUGAACGCAGAAAUAUCAUCUAUAUUGAAAGUCAUCUAUAUUUCUCUUGUUCGAAUAAAUUGAAAGAGAUUAUAAUCGUUAUAUUGACAUAGCGUGACAUUGUUAAUUUUUUUAGAAGAGACGGUUUAUAUUUGUGUGUGAAAAUGUAUAUACGUUUGCCUAAAAUAAAUAUAGUAUGUUAAAUUAAUAUAGUAUGUUAAAUUUUGACUCAUUUUCUAUGUUAAUUAUGCCCAGUUCAUAUAACUAUGAUAUAAAAAGAAUUUAUUAAUUUUCUCUAAAUAGAAAAGAACAUAUUUUCUCAAUAUAGAGAUAAUAUGUUAUGUUAUAUUUCUUGAAUCUUUGAUCGGUCUUUCAAAAAAUACCGCCAAAAUAUUUGAAAUAUAAAAUAAAUCGUCCAAUCAUUGUCUAGCAUGCGCAAAACGUAAAGGUCGCGCAUAUAUUAAACGACAAACAUCGCAUGCUGGUUCGGUUUUGCGUUAUGUUUGAAAAAAAUUACUCAGUGAAAAAGUUAAUAAAUUAGACUCGUUUAUAUAUAUAAUUUAUAUUUUUUUAUUUUAUACGAUGGGAAAACGAAAGGCCACUGAUAAUAUAGGAAAUCCAAAUCAAGAUCUAUGUGAUUUUCUUAUAGAUUUAGCAAAUUAUGAACGAAAUGUUAGCAAAAAUAUUUACAAAUACAAUGCCUAUCGCAAAGCAGCAGCUACUUUAAGUGGAUUGCCAGAAAGAGUAAAAAAUGGUCAAGAAGCAAAAAAAUUACCAGGAAUCGGAGAAAAAAUUGCUAAAAAAAUUGAUGAAUUUCUUAGUACUGGAAAGUUACAAAAGUUGGAAGAUAUUAAAAAGGAUGAAAGCAAUGUUGCAAUUAAUUUGUUAACUCGUGUAUCUGGUAUUGGACCCGCAAAAGCCAAAGAAUUAGUAACUAAAGGAAUUAAAACUUUAGAAGAUUUGAAGAAGCAUCAAGAUAAAUUAAAUCAUCAUCAGAAAAUUGGCCUCAAAUAUUUUGAAGAUUUUGAGAAAAGGAUUCCCAGAAAAGAGAUUGAGAAAAUUGAAAAAAUUAUAAAAAAUUCUAUUGCAAAGUUGAGUGAAAAAUAUAUUGUAACUAUAUGUGGAAGUUACAGACGUGGAAAGAAGGAAAGUGGAGAUAUUGAUGUUCUAUUAACACAUCCUACAUAUACGUCCAAAGAAAAAGAAUCAAAGAAAAAAAUUUCACUGUUAAAAGAUAUUGUAGAAUGUCUUGAGAGAAAAAAAUUGAUUGUAGAUACAAUAUCACUUGGAUCAACAAAGUUCAUGGGUGUCUGUCAAGUACCCAGCAAUACUGAAAAACCAUUUAGAAGACUCGAUAUCAGACUUAUACCUUAUGAUCAGUAUUACUGUGGUGUACUUUAUUUUACUGGGAAUGAUCUUUUCAAUAAGAAUAUGAGAGCGCAUGCUUUGGAAAAGAACUAUACUUUGAAUGAAUACACGUUAAAGCGUCUAACACCUGAAGGAACUCCAGGAGAGGCAGAAAAAAUCACUUGUGAAGAAGAUAUUUUCCAAAUUUUAGGAUUGCCAUAUAAGGAACCAAAAGACCGAAAUUCAUAAGCAGUAAUAUAUAUCGUAGAAGAAGAAUUAUAUGUUGGUUAUUUAUAUAUUUUUAUUAUCUAUCAAGUAAAUUAUUAAAAACAUAAUUAAAAUAAUAAAACAAAAAUUUAUUUAUUAUCUUUAUUUAUAAAAAUUAAAUACAACACUUAAAAUAUUUAAAGCUAAAAUAAUUAUUUUCCUUAUUUGUUAAUCAGUGUUAAUAAUAUCAAAUGCAAAUGUCAUUUAUUCUCUUCUU